AUGAGUUUUGAUAUUGUUAUGGUGAUGAUACCUUCACCAGUAUCACUUUCCGGUUUAUCGAUAUGUUCUGACGUUGCUAUCGUUACCACUGAUGCUGUUGUUGAUGACACUGGUUGCCUUAUACCAUCAGCAGAUACACAUUUGGUGUUAACAGUACGACGACCUAGAUUAUCAUUUGAUGUGCUAGGUCAACUCAAGUCAACUUCAUUUUGUUCUUGUUAA